AUGCUUACAUUCGUCUGUGAAUGUCAUUACUGGACGUUGAGAAACGACCUGACCAUCAGCUACACGGAUUUUAGUCACUUCAAAUAUAAUGAGAAAAAAGAAACAGAAACGUCUACAGACAAGAUCAUCAAGAAACACUAUGUUGAAGCUAUCGGAUGUAAUUGGUCAGUGUCUAAUAAGAGGCCUUUGAAAUUGAGAGAUUCGUUAAAAUAUUUUGAAACUGAACUCAACGAACAUCAUUUGAUUGCUGUUGAAUGGAUAAAAAAAGACAGAAUAGCGUUUAUAGUUAGUAAUGGAUCUACUAUAUUUGUCACAUUUGAUCCCGCUACUUGUGAUAUAAUCGAAAUUGUCACAGAUAAAUUUUUGCAAUCAAAAUUUCAAUGCGAUCAAUUAAUUAACGUAUCCUAUGCAAAACAAGUACUGUUAUGCUCAUUUUCGGAUCAUAAAUUGGGCAUUGUACAUUUUGGCCGUUCAUUCGAUCGCACACUGAACAAAUGGUCCUUUCUGGAUCCAAAAGUUGGAUUAUCUGAUUUUAGCAAUUCUACUACUAAUAGAAAAAAUGAACGAAAGACAACAUUUAAUGUAUCCUCAACAAUGGUGGCCACCUGGUCCAAGUCAUCAUUGAAUGAAGUUUAUCCCUGGAACCCGUUGGUGAAAGAUGAACACAGAGCUAAUGUUCAUGUGUAUAAAAUCAUUGGGCCUCGACUAGAACUUUGUUGCUAUUAUCAUACCAAACAAGAUCCUCUUAUUGUAUCAUUUAGUAAAACAAUAUCAAAUAUUAUAUUCAUUUUGGAACAGAAGAAUUGCAACGACUCUCGUUUCGAUUUUAGUACAUUUGAAGUGACCAAUACAAAAUUACAUUUAGUCAAGGUAGUGACAAUUAGUCCAUUUGAUUGGUGUUCUGCCUCCAUAAUAAAUGCCUGGUUAAACAAAGAUGACACACGUUUAUGUUUCUCAUACAACGAUUCUAUACUGUUUAUCCACGAUUUCAAAUUAUCUAUCACAUGUUCAGUAAAAACUGCUUUUCCUGUGGAGUAUUUGGAUUGGCACCCAGAUGGUAAUUUGAUCGCUGUAUCAGAUAGUAAUGGUAGAAUACAGUGUUACGAUUCGUGCUUGUCUUGCAUUCGUCUACAACCAUUGACAGAAGAAACAAAUUCAUCAGCUUGGUUAGAUUUUCAAUCCAAAGUUGGGAACAAAAAACUUUUCUCCGUGAAAUGGAUGCCAUAUGAAACGACAAAACAUGCUGUGAACCAAUCUGAUGCCAUUCUUCAUCUCAUAUUUGAAAAGGGCCCUGUGAUUGCCAUUAAGGUAUUCGGCGUUGGGAAGUUGUGUGUAAAUCAACUGGUUUCCAUGUAUUUAAAUGAAAAUGAUGUCGAUCACGCACUCAACUUUCUACUGGGACUAGAUUGGCAUUCUGAUGGGCCACUAUGUUUAACAACCUUGCAACAAAUCACAAAUUAUUUGUUUAGAUUGUCAUUUACUCCUGUAAGAGAAGUGCAAUUACAAUCUGCAAUCGGUAGUUUCUACCAACCUGUCAUACCGUUAAGUGAAGAUGCAAAACAUGAAUAUUUUGAACCUGUUCGGAAUAUUGCUCGGCGUUUUUUUCAUCAUUUAGUGAGAUACGAACUCUAUGAAAAAGCAUACAGUCUAGCCAUUGAUUUGAAUGACAGAGAUUUAUUUAUGGAUCUAUAUUGGGCCACAAAAUCAGGGAUUGGUACUAGAGCUAUGGCAACCAUGGCAUUGGAGAAAGCUAAUCAAAUUGUGUCAUCAGAAUCAGACGAUUCACAUUCUAGUCAGUCAUCUGAUUGUGAUUGUACAGACUGUCAUUCAAAUUCUCCAUCAAGCUCAUUAAGACCACCUUUACCAAACGUUCCCAUCGCAACAUCUUCCCCGUUAUUGUUCGCUCCAUCAAUACCAAACAACAGAUCACUGAAUAAUGUUACAACUAUUAGUGUACCAUAUACUGGUUCUCAUGUUGAACACGUUCAAACAAAAAAUAUAGAGCUACCAACAACUUCAUUGGAUAGUGUGCCACACUUAAAAUAUCCUUUUGAACAGCAAUUACUCGCCCAAAAUACUCGUUUAGAAAACAAUAAUCAACAAAGUCAAAUUACAACUAAGCCGCAACCUGAUAAAACUAUUAAAGUUGUCCAUUUUGGAAUUGUAUGA